GUUUGGGGGUCGCCCCAGCGAGCCAAGUUGGAGCGUUUUCCCACCACCACCAUCACUGUUAAUCUAAAGCUCGCUGCCGAAAUGACAACCGGCGUCAAAGAUGGAAAUCCUGUAUGAAUGUGGAAGCCAUUAGCAGAGUAAUUGCUGUCUGUUACCAUGACAACCAGCCGCUGCAGUCACCUGCCCGAAGUCUUACCAGACUGCACCAGCCCGGCUGCUCCGGUGGUGAAGACGGUGGAGGACUGUAGCAGCCUCGCGAAUGGGCAGCCGCAGUAUGUCAUGCAAGUUUCGGCCAAGGACGGACAGCUGCUGUCAACAGUAGUACGGACGCUUGCCACACAGAGCCCUUUCAAUGACCGACCAAUGUGUAGAAUUUGCCACGAAGGCAGCAGUCAAGAAGACUUGCUUUCUCCCUGUGAAUGUACGGGAACCCUGGGGACUAUACAUCGCAGCUGCCUGGAACACUGGCUGUCGUCUUCGAAUACCACUUACUGUGAACUCUGCCACUUCAGGUUUGCAGUAGAGCGCAAACCAAGGCCACUGGUCGAGUGGCUAAGAAAUCCCGGCCCCCAGCACGAGAAACGAACUUUGUUUGGGGACAUGGUGUGCUUCUUGUUUAUUACUCCGUUGGCUACCAUCUCGGGCUGGCUGUGUCUUCGGGGAGCAGUGGACCACCUGCACUUUAGUAGUAGGCUAGAAGCUGUCGGCCUCAUUGCACUCACUGUCGCACUCUUCACAAUUUACCUCUUUUGGACACUAGUAUCCUUUAGGUACCACUGUAGAUUAUAUAAUGAAUGGCGUCGGACCAAUCAAAGAGUUAUCCUCCUCAUCCCAAAGUCUGUCAGCAUCCCUUCAAACCAGCAGUCAUUGCUGGGCCUGCAUUCGGUCAAAAGGAACUCAAAAGAGACAAUCGUUUAAUUGUGAUAAUCAUGAGCUGGGGCCAUGAACUACAUGCGGGGGUCUAAUUCCAUCCAAACCUGAUAGUGGUUAUUAUGAAAAGACAAGACUCUUUACGCCGAAGAGAGGACACGACUGUUGGAAUCGAAAUCACGGAUGCUGCAAUCAUAUGAUAUUUGCUGAGCUGCCAAACCUGCUUAAACUUUAGCAGAUACUGUAUGAAAUUCCUCAAUCCCAUGUUGAUAGCUGCAUCGCUAGGGAUGCAACCCUUUUUUAUUGUUGUUUAAAAAUUAUUAAACUAUGAUGGCAAACAAUGCAAAA